AUGGUAAGUUCUCUCAAACUUGCCAAGGAUAUGAACAACACCUCCCUUGAAGAACUUAUAAGCUCUUUAAGAAGUCACGAGAUAGAGUUGGAACAAGAUGAACCUCAGAAAGGAGGAGAAUCUAUUUCUCUAAAGCGCGUCAAAAAGUCUAGAAAGACUAAAGCUCUUCAAGCUGAAGAGGAAGAAGAAUCACUAGAAGAUUUUGAUGGAGAAGAUGAGUUGUCACUCCUCUCCAGAAGAGUUGUCACCCCUCUCCAGAAGAGUGGUCGCUUCAAUUCUUCAUCUGGGCUAAACAAGUCUGGUAGCAGAGAUAUUUUCUGCUACAAGUGUAAUGAGCAAGGUCACUUCAAGAAUGAGUGCCCAAAGCUUCAGAAGGAGAAUCCUAAGAAGAAAAUUGUCAAAAUAAAGAACAAAGGUCUAAAGGCAAUUAGAGAUUCUUAUGAUUCUUCAGAAGAGGAAUCGGAAGAGGAACUUGCUAACAUUACUCUGAUGGCUCAUGUUGGAUCCUCUGAUAUAAAUAUCCAUUCAGAAGAUGAAGACAAUUCUAAGUCAGAAUCAAAAGAAACCUCCGUAUCUAUUUAA